AUGCGCGCCCUCACCAGGCCCUUCGCGACGCACAACGUCUAUUUCCCCAUAGAGUCCAUCGUCUUCGUCUUCGUUCUUGCCACCCUCGCCUACUUCCACAUCCUCUCCGGCAUCAAGCACUCGUCCUUCUUCGCGCCCACCUACCCUACCAAUGUCAGGCCCGCCCAUGCCCGGCUGAGCGGUGACGAAUGGCUCGGAGUUACGCAACGGGACUGGCUCGACGCGGCCAAGCAUCCGAAGGAUGCCGUCAAGGCCUUGGAGUUGCAGCAGAUUGUCUUCAGGCUGGACGACAAGGAGAGGACGGUGAGAGGUUUGCGUCCAUGGUCAGACUCACCUUCUGAUAUGCAUUGCGUAGGCGUUUCCAACGUCGACCCGACGGUACUCUCGGAGAUCGUUGAGCACUUGCCCUCUCAGCUCACCGGCCUCAACGGGGACUCGUACUCGUCUGUUUGCUACUACCCUGGCUUGAAUGUGACUGCUACCCCGUGCUUCGUGACCCGCUCUGCGGACUCCUCGGCUUCAGUCUUGACGUUGUCCUUCGUCCCUGGCGCCAGAGAAGACUGGCUCGCGUCUCUUCACCAAGUCAAGUCGGUCACGGUUGACAAUGUCGAAUACGACCUCGUCGGCGCGAAGCGCGAAGAAACCAUUGGCGAGAUGAAGAGCAGCAAGUGGGUCGCCUACGCUGUCCAUGCUACGAUUCUGCGCUUCUGGGAGCUCACGAAGAAAGCGGACUCACUCGAUAUCAUCGUCGUCCUCCUCGGCUACGUGCUCAUGCACGCGACGUUCAUACGGCUAUGGCUGUCGUCGCGCGCACUGGGUUCCAACUUCUGGCUGAGCACAGGCAUAUUUUCCUCGAGCCUGAUCUCCUUCCUCUUCACGCUCCCGCUUUGUCGCUAUCUGAAUAUCCCGCUCGACCCUAUCGCACUGACGGAGGCUCUCCCGUUCCUCGUAUGCACCGUGGGUUUCGAUAAGCCCUUGCGCCUCGCAAAAGCCGUGCUGGCCCAGCCACAGGCUCUCAAACCACAGGAAGACGGGCGGAUGAUACCUGCAGGCGAGGUCGUUCUCGAGGCGCUUGACCGGGUCGGCAACCUCAUUCUCCGAGACUAUGCGCUCGAAAUUGCGGUGCUCCUCGUCGGUGUGAACAGUGGCGUCGGUGGCCUGAAGGAGUUCUGCUCAGUCGCGGCGGUCGCGCUGGGGAUGGAUUGCUUGAUGCUUUGCACGAUCUAUACAGCGGUGUUGACACUCAUGGUAGAGGUUCGCCGUGUGAAGAAAGUGCGCCAAAUGAACCGCUCUCGCUCGAAUUCUCUCGGGCAGACCAGUGGUGGAAUUCGCCCUGCACUAUCCAAACGUCCUACCGCGAAUGCGCCGACACCGAAGACGACUGGUGAGAGGUUGUCCGCUGCUGUGCUAGGGGUAAAGGGCUCUUUGCUCCCAGAGACUCCUGGGGGCAAGGUCCACCCUGCGGAUGAGAAUCCGAUGUAUAGGCUGAAGCUACUCCUGAUCGCUUCGUUCUUGACUCUGCACAUCCUCAACUUCAUCACUCCCCUGACCUCUGCUAGCGCGAGCACCCGCCACCACAAGCACUCCGUGCGCACAGCGGCUGACGCGCUCCCACCUGCUCCCCUUGUCGACAUCACCAGCCCUGCGAUCUCGAGCAUUCUCAAGAGUCUUGCUUUGGCUGAGAAGGCGGGUCUCGAAUCCAGCGAGACUGACUCGGAGUCGGAGCUCCUUGUCAAAGUCGCUGCUCCUGCCUACCUUCGUAUUUUGCCCGCUGCCAGACACUCCGGUUCAAAGGCAGAGGCUAUCGAGAACUUCAUGUCGAGCUGGUCUGACCUUGUCGGCGACCCGGUGCUCUCCAAGUGGAUCGUCGUUCUGCUUGGGUUGAGCGUUGCUCUGAACGGAUACCUACUCCGUGGCAUUGCGGCUGGAUCUGGGUUGGCUGCGAUGAAGGCUGUGCGUGACAAGGGCGUGCGCUUCCGUUCGCGGGUGCGCUCUAGGGUACGGCCUGAGAGGGAGGAGCCUGAAGAGACCGAGCCCGCCCCCGAGCCUGUGGCUAUCCAUGCGCCUGUUGCACCUGUGACAUUUGUGGCAGCCGCUACGGUCCCACCUGCGCAUCUUCGCGAGGCCGCCAUCCGUGCUCCCCUCACUCCUGCUGAGACGUCUUCGCCGACCAGCGAUCCCGAGAGCUCACCGUUCCGGAAGGAGUCUAGCCGUGUGUCCACGCGCACGCUCGAGGAAUGCAUCGAGAUCUUCGAGAAUGGACCAAAGCCGGUAUCCGUGGCGCUCUCGCUCUUGAACGACGAGGAGGUCAUCUUGCUCGCGCAGAACGGAAAGAUUGCGCCGUAUGCAUUGGAGAAAGUGCUUGGUGACUUGGAGCGGGCUGUUCAUGUCCGUCGCGCUCUCAUUUCGCGCGCCUCGAAGACGAAGACGCUCGAGUACUCCGAUGUACCUAUGUCCCACUUCGACUACUCGCGUAACGUCAUCGGAUACAUGCCCAUCCCGCUCGGUGUCGCCGGUCCUCUCAAGAUCGACGGCGAGCUGUUCCCGAUCCCUAUGGCCACCGCGGAAGGUACCCUCGUCGCGUCCACCUCACGUGGCUGCAAGGCCCUGAAUGCUGGUGGAGGCGUCACCACUGUGCUCACGUACGACGCCAUGACCCGCGGCCCUGCCAUUGACUUCCCUCAAUACAGUCGCAGCCAGGCACGUGCCUGGGAGGCAUUCGAGUCGACGUCCCGCUUCGCGAAGCUGCAGAACAUUAAUGUGCGAUGGCAGGACGACAUUGUUCAUGGUCGUCCUUGCACUCUCGGCAACUACUGCACGGAUAAGAAGCCGGCCGCGAUCAACUGGAUUGAGGGUCGUGGCAAGAGUAUCGUCGCUGAGGCGGUUAUCCCUGGCAAGGUCGUCAAGUCUGUGUUGAAGACGACAGUCGACGCGUUAUGCAACCUGAACACGAAGAAGAACCUGUUGGAAGUGCUAUGGCAGCUUCCAUUGGUGGGUUCAACGCGCAUGCAGCGAACAUCCUCACGCGAUCUUCUUGGCGACUGGUCAGGACCAGCGCAGAACGUCGAGAGCUCACAGUGCAUGACACUUAUGGAGGCACUUGCUGUCACGGUCACUAUGCCUUGCAUUGAGGUCGGCACUGUUGGUGGCGGCACUGUCUUGCCCCCAACAAGCUGUACUGAAAUGCUCGGCGUCAAGGGCGCGCACCCGACAAACCCUGGUCAGAACGCGCAACAACUUGCCCGCAUCAUCGCGUCUGCAGUCAUGGCUGGCGAGCUGUCACUUAUCAGCGCCCUCGCCGCCGGUCACCUCGUCCGCGCGCACAUGGCACACAACCGGUCGCAGGCGAACACACAGGCAAACACGCCAGCAGUGUCGCGACCCGAAACCCCCGCCAUCCUCUCCCCUAAUACCUCCACUUUCUGGAACAACGUCUCGAAAGGCGUGAUGACCCCAAUGACGUCCGGUGCGCACACCCCUGCGCCUGUACAGGCGAGCGGGUAUAGCAUCGACGCGAAGACAGCCGCAUAG